AUGAUGAAAAAUAAGCUGUUUUUCUCUCCAAUAAUCAUUUCUUGCAUUAUUUUAGCAGUUCUAACGUUAUCUACACAAUCUUCAGCAGAUAAUACUUCGCCAGCAAAUCCUGUCCCCCCUUCAACCAUAUGCAAAUCCACCCCUUAUCCUGGAUUCUGCAAAUCAAUGCUCGUUCCAAACUCAAAUUCCUCAUCCAAUGCGUACGAUUACGGCCUGUUUUCUGUCCGAAAAUCCUUAUCCACAGCCCGGAAAUUCCUUUCGUUGAUUAACAAGUAUUUACGGCGGUCGAGAAAUUUGACAAUAACAGCUGUGAGGGCUCUAGAAGAUUGCAAAUUUCUAGCUGAGCUUAACAUUGAUUUUCUAAUUAGUUCCUUCGUUACUGUCAAUGGAACUUCAUCGAAAACGCUUCCGGUUUUUGAGGCUGACGACGUUCAGACACUUCUUAGCGGCAUUUUGACAAACAGUCAGACGUGUGUGGAUGGCCUUCAGGCUACAGCCUCAGCCUGGAGUGUAAGAAAUGGGAUUUUAUUGCCAUUGACGAAUGAUACGAGGUUGUUCAGCGUUUCUUUAGCCCUUUUCACCAGAGCCUGGGUUCCUAAGAGGAAGAAGCCUGCACACUCAACAGGGAAACAUUUGACAUUCCAAAAUGGCAGAUUGAACCUAAAAAUGUCUGCAAAAAAUCUAGAAAUCUUAAACACUGUCAGCAACAGGAGGCUGCUUCAGACAAAUGAUGAUAAUCAGGUUCUGGUGAGUGAUAUUGCAGUUGUGAAUCAGAAUGGAACUGGGAAUUUCACCACCGUGAACGAUGCGGUGGCAGCGGCUCCGGUGAACUCCAACGGCAGCGGCGGCUACUUUCUGAUAUAUAUAACUGCUGGUGUUUAUGAAGAAUAUGUGUCUAUUGCCAAGAACAAGAAAUAUUUGAUGAUGAUUGGUGAUGGAAUCAAUCAGACUAUCAUCACUGGAAAUCAUAGUUUUGUUGAUGGAUGGACUACAUUCAACUCGUCAACCUUUGCUGUCGUUGGGGCAGGCUUCGUUGCAGUCAACAUAACAUUCAGGAACACGGCCGGAGCAAUCAAACAUCAAGCUGUUGCGGUCCGAAAUGGUGCCGAUUUAUCCACAUUCUAUUUGUGCAGUUUCGAAGCGUACCAAGACACGUUAUACGUUCAUUCCCUCCGACAAUUCUACAGAGAAUGCGACAUCUACGGUACAGUCGACUUCAUAUUCGGCAAUGCUGCCGCCGUUUUCCAGAACUGCAACCUUUAUCCCCGUCUCCCAAUGCCCGGCCAAUUCAAUGCUAUUACCGCACAGGGCAGAACGGAUCCGAACCAGAACACCGGCAUUUCCAUUCAUAACUGCACGAUUCGACCGGCAGACGACCUGAAUACGACCAGCAUUCAGACAUAUUUGGGGAGGCCAUGGAAGGAAUUUUCAAGGACAAUUUACAUGCAAAGUUACAUAGAUGGUUUUAUAAAUUCAUUGGGAUGGCAUGAAUGGUCAGGAGAUUUUGCACUGAAUACUUCAUAUUAUGCUGAGUUUAAUAAUACAGGGCCAGGAUCCAACACUAGCGGGAGAGUAAAUUGGCCUGGAUUUCAUGUUAUUAAUUCUGCAGAUGCUGCUAAUUUUACUGUGUCAAAUUUCCUGCUUGGAAAUGACUGGAUAUUUGAUACUGGAGUGCCAUACGACGGUGGAUUAUUAUGA